UGCCAUCUCUUCUUAAUUCUAUAUAAAAGAAAAGGAAAAUCAUAGACAAGAAAAAUAUAAAUGAAUACUCCUUUCUGUGACAUCUGUCUUGUGAUGUGAGGUUAUGGUUAUGUAUGUUUUUGUUAAGUUGAAAGUUGAUUUUCUGUUGGUAAAUCAUUGAAAAAUAUGAGUUCUGCAAGUAAAGUAGGCGAAAUAUUUACAGCUGCAGGGCAAGCCUUUAACAGGCUGGGAGAUCUCACAAUGCAAUUACAUCCCCAUUCGGAAUCUCCUACCGGAAAGUGGACAGAUGAAGAAAUUGAAAUGCUCAGGCAAUGCGUUACACAAUUCUCAGAUGGACUAAAUCAAAUAAGCGAACACAUCAAACGACGCACUGUAUCGCAAAUAAGGACAGCAUUGAAGAAGAAAGCCUUCGAAGACUCGGGGCUGCCAGUCAAUAAACCAGCGCCAACUACACAACCGGCUUCAACAACAGUACAGACUUCACCAAAUCAACAACAAUCCUCAACCAAACAGGAGGUGACUUUGAAUAUGCUCAAUGCUGCAGAAUCGGAGGUUGAUGUUGAGGGGCUUCACGAGGAAGUUAAGCUGGAGUUUGAUGGAAGUAAUGAGGCGGUUUCAACUUAAAUCUAUCGAAUAAAUAUCCGGAUUUGAAUGAAUGCAUAAUAUUUUGUAUAUAUAUUAUUUGGAUAAGUUUACUCUUUAAGUCAAUAACGUGAAUUUUUAAUGAAAUAGUAUUAAUUUUGUGACCUAAAAAACGUUUUUCUUUUAAGUAUCUUGAUCCUUACAUCCUCUGCUGAAGUUUUUUUGAAUAAAUACAU